GUGCCCAGUCAGCUGCCCCUCGCCCUGCGGAGAUGAAGGCUCUUGCGCUGUUCGCCCUGCUGGCCUGCCUGGUGCCGGGUCGCCUGGGCAUGUACUACGGCCGCUGCCAACUCGCCCAGACGCUGCAGCAGCUGGGCCUGGACGGCUACAUGGGCUACAGCCUGGCCAACUGGGUCUGCAUGGCCGCGCACGAGAGCAGCUACAACACCCAGGCCACCAACUACAACAGCUGGGACGGCAGCACCGACUUCGGCAUCUUUCAGAUCAACAGCCGGUACUGGUGCCAGAACGGCGACGAGUACAGCUCCAACAUCUGUCAAAUUCCCUGCAGCGACUUACUGAGCAACAAUCUCUCAGCGGACGUUGAAUGUGCUAAGAUCAUUGCCCAGGACUCCAACGGCAUGAGUGCCUGGGUGGCCUGGACGUCGUAUUGCCAAGGCCAGGAUCUGUGGCAGUACGUAGAAGGAUGCGGCGUGUGAGAGCGGCCCUGGGAUCGGGCUCCGUCCCGCCCCGAGUUCUCCGGGCCCUGGCUCGUUGCCUUUCCCCAGAGCUUUCCAAACACAAUCACCCCCCGAAUCCAAGACCCGGCGCCCCACUGCUCAGCCUCCUCGGCCAGCGCAACAGGGGAAAUGGGGGUAGUGGGAUAGAGUGGGGGGAGGGGGGAGAGGGCUGGGAACCAGGACUCUGGGAGGGGAGUGGGGUGUAGGGGGUUAGAGCAGGGGGGCUGGGAGCCAGGACUCCUGGGUUCUCUCCCUGUCUCUGGGAGGGGAGUGGGAUCUAGUGGGUUAGAGCAAGGGGGCUGGGGCCAGAACUCCUGGGUUCUCUUCCCGGCUCCUCUCGGUCAGUGGAGUGAGUAUAAUCUAGCCCCUUCACACAGAUUUGGGGAGAUGGUAGAACUAGUCCUGGGGUAUGAACUAGUGGGAGGUUUUCAGGUGGGCGCAGCGUGGGAGCGCAGAGGGUGCCCUCUCCUCAUGGGUUGAUUUUCCAGUUGAUUUGAUUGUGAUACUUCGGGUUCUUUUCCUAUUAAAGUAGAUUCCUCAGCCUCAA